AUGUUCCGCAACACCGCCCUGGCCGCUUUGGCUGCCACCUUCAUUGCCCAGCCGGUGGCCGCGACCUAUUACGAGCAAUGCUCCGUCAUCCCGGGUCCCAACAUCGUGGAGAACCCCUCGUGGGAGACUUCCAUCAAUGGCUGGCAGUACUCGUGGUACGCCGCCGACUCUGAUCGUGUCAAGGACGCCAGCCAGGGCACCUACGCGAUCAGCAUCCCCAGCGACCAGCCCAAGGGUUACUUCUGGCAGACCCUCACUGGCCUCACUGUCGGCGAGAAGUAUGACUUCUCCAUCGACUGGAAGGGCAAGUGGUCGAGCAAUGCCCCCUCGUGGUCCCAGCGCGACUGCAGGGUCGGCAUCUUUUACGACAAGCUCGCGAUUGCCAACGCCAUCACCUACAAGGAGUACACUGUCAAGAAGAGCUCCAACUCGUGGGUCACUCUCAAGGGCAGCUACGAGGUCACCAAGGCCAGCAUGACGCUGUACAUCUAUUCGUCUUGCACGGACGACUACGGCCCGGCCCUGUACUCGCGCUUCGACAACGCAAAGGUGCGCAAGCACGAUGGCGAGAUUGUCUGCCCAUCGUCGACCUCCUCGGUUAUUUCUACAACAUCCAGCAGCACCAGCAGCAAUAUCUAUCCCACGCUUACUUUGUCUACCUCAACUUCAGAGAGCUCGUCUUCGACUGUGAGCGACAUCUCGUCGACCUUGGUUACGAGCACCUCGUCCUCGGUCUCUUCAGAUGCCGCCAGCAGCACCUCUUCCGUCGAAACUUAUCCUACCCUCACUAGCUCGACUGACAGCUCCAUGAGCACGCUGUCGAGUUCGACAGACAGCUCCAUGACCAGCAGCACCUCGUCCGUCGAAACUUAUCCUACUGUCACGAGCACGAUGUCGAGUUCGACUGACAGCUCGAUGGUCAGCUCGACUGAGACCUACUCUUCUCAGAGCACGUACUCGGACACGGUUGUGUCCUCAGCCACAGAGACAUAUCCCAUUACUUCCCUGACGUCCACGGAGAGCUAUCCGACUCUGACCAUGUCCAGCACGGACAGUUCCAGCUACGCGGCCUCCACUCAGUCACUCACCACUGACAGCAGUGUAACAUCAUCGACUAUGAGCAGCAGCGACAUCUACCCCACGAUUACUUUGUCUACGACGUCGUCUUCAGAAAGCCUAUCUUCAACCGUGACCAGUAGCGAUAUCUCUUCCACCCUGGCUACGAGCACCUCGACCUCAAUCUCUUCGGAUGCCGGGAGUACCACCUCGUCCGUUGAGAGCUACCCUACUCUCACUAGCACGAGCUCGAGCCUGUCUUCGACUGUGAGCAGCAGCGACAUCUACCCCACGAUUACUUUGUCUACGACGUCGUCUUCAGAAAGCCUAUCUUCAACCGUGACUAGUAGUGACAUCUCAUCCACCCUGGCUACGAGCAGCUCAUCGGUCUCCUCGGAUGUCUCCACUAGCACCUCAUCUGUCGAGACCUAUCCUACGCUCUCUAGCACACUGUCGACUUCGACUGAAAGCUCUUCCCAAAGUACAUAUUCGGCCAUCACCACCUCCUCAGAUGCUGCCACCACGUCUUCCACCGUGUCGAGCACAACUGAUACUUACCCAGUCAUCACUCUCUCUAGCACGACAUCUUCUGCCGAUGUGACCUCCAGCACAGUGACCACCUCCUCUGAUAUCUCGACCUCGUCCGCAGCCGUGACCACUUCUUCUGCGCCCUCCAGCAGCACAGAUACUUACUCCGUGAUCACUCUGUCCACUACGUCGUCCGGGACUGAUACGUACUCCGUAACCACCCUGUCGACAACCUCUGAAACUGCAUCCGCUACAACCUCGAGUGAUAUCACUAGCAGUACUGCUUCGACUACCUCCAGUGAAUCUACCACCAGCAACGCUUCGACCACCUCGAGCGAUAUCACUUCCAGCACUGCUUCCGUUACCACGUCGGACGUGACAACCAGCACUGCGGCCGCCACGACCUCCAGUGACAUUAGCAGCAGCACCGCUUCGUCCACCUCGAGCGAUGUUACUUCCAGCACUGUCUAUCCCACCUCGUCCGCUCCGUCCAGCACAGCCUCGACCACCGAGUCGUCAUCCACCACCACAAGCUAUCCCGCCUCUACCAUCAGCACUUCCUCAUACGACACCUCCACCAGCGCUGCGGUCUCCAGCACGACCGCCGUGUACCCAACCACGCUGGCGACCACGACCUCGGCGCCCGUCAACACUUACCCCGGCGGUGGCGAGGUGUACCCUACCGCCACGUACCUGGGCACGAGCAGUGAUGCUGUGAGCACCACUGAGCCUGUUGGCGCGUAUCCCACCAAGUACAAGGCCAAGUGUGGCGGCAAGCGACGUAUGGCGGCAUGA